AUGGCUUCCAGUUCCACUUCAUUCCCAUUAACCACCGCAAGGUUUAACCGGAGGAAACCGGGGUUAACCGUGUUGGCCGCCAAACAGACGGGGUUUCAGCUCGGGAAACCCAAGGGCGAUGAUGCGGAGGGAAAGCAAACGGGGAAAUCGCCAGAUUCUAACCCAUUCCGAUUCGAUUUCGGAAAGUUACCGGACAUGAAGUCCUUGAUACCGGUGGUGACGAACCCUUCGACCGGUUUAGCGUUUGGUAACAACAGGAGAAAAGAUCCCGGUACGGUUUUCGUGGCCGGUGCUACUGGACAAGCCGGUAUACGAAUAGCUCAAACGCUCUUGCAACGAGGAUUCAGCGUCCGAGCCGGCGUUCCCGAUCUUGGAGCCGCUCAGGACCUUGCACGUGUCGCGGCUACUUACAAGAUUCUAUCAGACGAGGAGGUCAAGAGGCUAAACGCGGUGCAGUCCCCAUUCCAAGACGCCGAAUCAAUCGCCAAAGCAAUUGGAAACGCGACCAAAGUUGUGGUUACGGUUGGGGCGACAGAGAACGGCCCAGACGCCCAAGUCUCGACCUCAGACGCGCUACUCGUUGUCCAAGCGGCUGAGCUCGCGGGCGUAAGCCACGUGGCGAUCGUCUACGACGGGAGCAUCAGCGGAUCCACGUACAAUGUUUUGGACGGGAUUACUUCAUUUUUCAGCAACCUGUUCGCUCAAUCUCAGCCGUUGACUAUCUCUGACCUCAUCGAGAAAGUUGCUCAAACUGACGUGGCGUACACGCUCAUAAAGACGAGCUUGACGGAGGAUUUCUCGCCGGAGAAAUCUUAUAACGUCGUCGUUUCAGCUGAAGGAAGUAACAGCGGUAACGGCAGCAGUUCUUCCGAGGCCUACAAAGUCCCAAAGUUGAAGAUCGCGUCGCUGGUCGCAGACAUUUUCGCUAACACGGCAGUGGCAGAAAACAAGGUGGUGGACGUUUCCACAGAUCCAUCAGCACUGUCGCGGCCAGUAGACGAGCUUUUCAGUGUAAUCCCGGAAGACGGAAGGAGGAAAGUGUACGCAGAAGGGAUCGCAAGGGCGAGAGCCGAGGAAGAGGCGAAAGCCGCAGCUGAGAAAGCCCGAGAGGCAGCGGAAGAAGCGAAAGAGUUCGAGAAACAGAUGCAGAAGCUCUCUGAGAAAGAAGCAGAAGCUGCAAGCUUAGCCGAGGACGCGCAGCAGAAAGCAGAGGCGGUGGGAAUCAAAGUGGACGGUCUGUUCAACAAGGCUAAAGAUAUCGGGUCCGGUUUAUCCUGGAAUAAACUCGGCUCUCAGUUCGCAACCGCGGUUCAAAACGCUUCAGAGAUACCUAAAGUGCAGGUUGCUACGGUCAGGGGACAGGCCAAGGCGAGAAACUUGCCACCCAAGAAAGCAGUGGUGAAACAGAGGAACGUGAACGCUAAACCUGCGUUUGCGCCCAAACAGAAGGAAGAGCGUCUGAAGAAGCCAGAGAAAGAGGUGAGAAAAGUCUUUGGAGGACUGUUUAAGCAGGAGACUAUCUAUGUCGAUGACGACUGA